AUUUUCGGGUUCGGACAGACAGAUUCAAACAACAGGUAUAAACAACAGGUAUAAAUUUAAUUUUUUCAAACGAUCAUUGACGGCACAUCUAAAAUUUCAACACUACUGAGACCUACAAAAUUGUACAAUAGCUUUUGUUUAUUACUACUUUAAGAUUGCUACCGAGUAUCACCUAUUGUUCUAGGACAAUAUACUAGCUGGUGCAACAUAAGAUAAGGAAGAAGAAGUAGAGAGAGAGAGAGAGAGAGGAGAGAGAGAGAGAGAGAGAGAUGGCAACAAGCGAAGUAGAGUUAUUAGAGGAACGUGUUAGGCAUGGAGAUGAGGAAGGACAGAAAUGGUGGAACAAAGUGUUGGACAAAGAGGAGGCAAAAACACAGGUUUUGUUUUCUCUGCCUAUGAUUCUGACCAACGUUUUCUACUAUUUGAUCACUUUGGUUUCUGUCAUGUUCGCUGGCCACCUUGGCCGCCUUGAGCUCGCCGGCGCCACCCUCGCCAACUCGUGGGCAACGGUCACCGGCAUCGCUUUAAUGGUUGGAUUAAGUGGAGCUCUUGAAACGCUCUGCGGGCAAGGAUUUGGCGCAAAGUUGUACAAAAUGUUGGGGAUUCAUCUACAAGCCGCCUGCAUCACGUCUGCUCUCUUCUCAGUCGCGAUAUCCUUCUUCUGGCUCUACACCGAACCGAUACUGAUCUUCAUCCACCAAGAUCCUCAAAUAGCGAAAACCGCGGCAAUCUAUAUGAAGUUUUUGAUUCCAGGCAUAUUUGCAUAUGGUUUUCUCCAAAACAUCUUGAGGUUUCUUCAGACACAAUCAGUUGUGAGGCCUCUUGUGUUGUUCUCAGCAAUACCACUGGCCAUUCAUAUUGGCCUUACAUAUUGUUUGGUGUAUUUGACACCUCUUGGUUACAAAGGAGCUCCACUUGCAGCCUCAAUUACAUUGUGGAUCGCAUUUAUUGCUUUAGCCCUUUACGUGAUGUUAUCGAGCGAUUUUCGACGGACAUGGCAAGGAUUUUCAGCGGAAUCCUUCUGUUACAUCUUCACAAACUUGAAACUUGCCCUUCCCUCCGCAGCUAUGGUAUGCUUGGAGUACUGGGCUUUUGAGAUUCUGGUAGUUUUAGCAGGACUUUUGCCAAACUCAGAAGUAACAACUUCUCUAAUUGCAAUAUGCGUCAACACAGAAGCAAUUGCUUACAUGGUUACGUACGGUCUCAGCGCCACAGCGAGCACAAGGGUGUCGAACGAGUUAGGCGCAGGCUAUCCAGACCGAGCUAAGAGCGCAAUGUUUGUCUCCCUCAAGCUCUCAGGAUUCCUCGCCGUCAUAGUCAUUUUGGCUUUAGGAUUCGGCCACGACCUGUGGGCCAGGUCCUUCAGUGACAGUCAAGAAAUAAGAAACUCAUUUGCUUCAAUGACACCCCUGCUUGCAUUGUCAAUAAUCCUUGAUUCCUUUCAGGGUGUCUUAUCAGGUGUGGCUAGAGGCUGCGGUUGGCAGCACAUAGCCGUGUACGUGAACUUCGCCAUGUUCUACUUCGUCGGCAUGACCGUUGCAGCCAUCCUUGCAUUUAAGUUGAACCUAUAUGCCAAGGGAUUGUGGAUAGGUUUGAUCUGUGGUCUCUCCUGCCAAGCUGCGACACUAAUGUUGAUAACACUGCGCACAAAAUGGACCAAAUUGCAGCUGGAUGAAAAUAAUGAGAAAGGAGAUCCACUUUUGGCUUGAAUAAAUUUCAAGCAUAUUAAAGGGAUAAGCUCUUAAACAACAUACAUACAUACAUACAUACUGCUUUUCUAGACCAUGUCCCAAAGAGAAGAUUUUGUUUAACAAUAAUGAUUUUUUUUAAUAUAU